AUGGAAAUCAACGUCUUACUGGGAAAGGUUUCGCCCAAGGAGCUUGGCGCCGGCGUGGACUAUUACAAGAUCGUGCACAAUGCUUACACUAGCCAAUACCUGCAGAAUUUGGGAAUCGAGCCGCUGGAGCAGCACCGCAAGGUUGUUGCGCGCAAGUGUGCGCUCACAGACUGCCAGAUUGAGGCCACCUGGGCGGAUGGCUCCGUAGUCGCAGAGCAACUCCGUAUUGUCCCGCCCGGAGCACGGGCACGUGGCGGGCGAGGUGCCUGGGAGAAGAACUUCGAGGCUGGACUUCCUGGGCAGGUCUCCGAACCUUUGAUGAAUGCGCUGCCGCCGGACACUGCAGGCAUCUACGAGAAGGCGAAGAAGGGCACUGGGAGCUUCUUGGCCCAGAAGAAGUACACACAGGAGGAACGCUUCUUACUUGCCUUUUCAGAAAUGACUGUCCGAGACCAAGAGAACUCACAUGGUGCUGAUUGCAGCUUGACAGAGGAUUUGGAGACUUUGCAAAGCCAGGCGCGAGGAGAGGAAGGUCCGGUCCACAAGCGUGAGGUGCUGAGACAGUGGGGUAAGGAGGGCUUCGAGGAGUUGGAGCUGCUGAAGAGGAAAUUCAUCCUGCCUUUUGCUUGCAGUAGAGGUUCAAACGGCACGAUUUCUUGGCAGUCCCCGGAGCUCUUGAAAGCAAACCGAGUACAGGUUCCUGCGGAGCUGGUGCCAGAGCUGAGGAAGCCGCUGCGGAUAUCCGUGGAGCAGCUGCAGCUUGAAGCUGCCGACUACGCAGAGAAUGCCUUCCCACUAGAACUGCUCUCCACACGCCGGGACCCGCUGUUCUUCGAUGACGUGCGACAGCUGUUGUGCUCGCAUGAGAUCUCGCGCCUGAUUGGUCUCUGUGCACACCUCCCGUAUUGGAACACCUUUGCGCACCUCCAUCCGCCACAGCGGAGGCUCCCGGAAACCACACGACAGAGCCUGGUCCUCACCAUGCAGGAGAGCUGGUCCAGGUUGGAGGAGUUGGCUCGAAGCAGGCUCUGUAAGGCUGACGCGCGCGCUCGCGAGUUCUUCGUGCCAGUCUUCUUGCUCUUCUUGAAAUGGGGAAUCGAGAAGGCCCUCCUGUUACAGUACCCGAAGUUUCUGCAGAACGCAGACCAUGGGGAAGAUGCUACGACGCAGCUCGUGGAUCAGAUCAAUGUUGCAAUUAUGUGCCUCUUUGACCCGGACUGUGCUGCGGCCAACUUCGGAACGUUGGACAGCUCUUCCGAAGCCAUCCGACUCUGGCGUAAGCUGCACAUCAACCAGAUGAAGCACGGUCUGACACCGGCCACCCGCACGAUUGCAAGGGAGUUCCGGACGUCUCCAAUGAUGCUUUUGCUUAUGCAUGGAGAUGGAAGCGGGCCAACCGAUCCGAAGACCAGGAGGCUCUUGCAGAACAGUAGCAGCGGAAGCGUCCUCGCCGCUGUGACAGGUCUUCCACCAGCCGCUGAGGGCUCCAGGCGGACGCGAUCGGUUGGACCCUUGGAUGCUGCCCGGAAGGCCAUGCUGUACAACACAGCCGUUGGCAGUCGGCUUGCGCGCCUGGCCCCAAAGGGGACUGCGCCUUAA